CACACCCAUCUUCAGACCUGAACUUUUGGUAGCGCCUGAUUCCACUUAGAAGAUACUUGCUCUUAUUUCAACGUUUCCUCUCUGCCCUGCUCCCACAGAUGAGGAUGCAUUUAUCCCCCUAUCACCCACUAAAGCGAAGCUUGCCUUUAAACUGUUCAGAUCUGACUUUCUAAUGUGGACAAGCAAGUGGAAUCUAAGAAGAGCCGAGUGCUUCUGCCAAGAUACUGUUUUCCACCCGUUCCAUACAGGAUCUACCAUGUGGAGCUUUUUAUGUCUUCUUUUCCUGUUCAAAAUUCUAGUCCCUAGUUUUGCUGCCUCCCUCCAUAGACAACCUGACCAGGAACAGAUUGAAGAAGUGUUCCUGGAUGCCACUUCUGCAAACAAAUUCUUGAGCCGUAAGAUUCUUCAUAACCACUGGGAUUUCGAGCUGAUUGUGCCAGAUAACUUGGAGCGUGAAUGCAGAGAAGAAGUUUGCAACUAUGAAGAAGCUCGGGAAGUCUUUGAAGACGACACACAAACAAAAAAAUUUUGGGAGGCCUAUCUACGUGAAAAAGGAAAAACAAAAAAUCCUGGAAUAGAUGUGGCAGGUCUGGUGGCUGGCCUGAUUGCAGCUUUGGUGUCUAUUGUCAUGUUUAUAAUUGUGGCCAUGUAUUGUAUCAAAUAUCGGGCUAAAGAGAGAAAUCGAUCCAGAAGAACACAGGAUCCAGGGAUUCCCCUUGCCAACUUUGAUGAUGAGCCCAAGCCAGAAUCUGCACCUGGACUUCCUUCUUAUGAGCAAGCAAUGGCAUCUUCAGGAGUUCACGACGCACCACCCCCACCUUACAACAGGAAUAACAAUUUGACUCGGCCAACCUGAGUUUUCAACAGCAGGAUAAAUAUUCUUGAAAUACCUAUUGGCCUUCUUCAUCUGUACAAAAGACACUAUGCACACCGCUGCAUCAUAGCCAAGGCAGGGAGCACAUGUGACUUUGAAGCAUACAAUUAAUGCAUACUGGAUAUGAAUCUGCAGUACGUAGAGACUGCGUAUGAGUGUCAGGUGUGUGCAGAAGAAGAUAUUGCAACAUGUUUUUCUUGAGAAAUUAAAAUCUAAAAUUACAAAUGUACAUAUUAGGACUGAUAUCACUAGGUUAAUGUGAAAGUGAAUUGCUAAUUUGCACAGAUUUCCUUCCCCCCAUUUUUCCUUUCUUCCAUUCAUCUUAUGAAUGAAUUUUUUAUAACUGUCUUUUCUAUCAACAUGUGAUUAUGCAAGGAUUAUAUUGAGGAUAAAUGAAAAUUAUUUUUAUUUGAAGAUAAACAUGAUUGAUCGUGGCAGACUAAUUAAUAUAAUAGGAAUUCCAAGUUGGAGUAAGAAAUCUUAAAUAGCUCAAGACAGAGAUUCAGUUUGGGGGAACUGCUCUGGAUUAUGCAAGCUCAGAUAUUUAUUCAACUGCGGAAAGAAUAGGGAUAAUACAAGUUUGUCUUCUGUAAUUGGCAUGUAGUAUAAAAAAACAGGAAUGGCUAGCUUGAACUAUUCAUUGGCAACAUUGCAUUUUGCCCCUGCUUUUCCAAAUAAUAGUAUUUGUUAUGGCCACUGAUUUAGCAAAAUUCAUAAUCUAUUCUAGAGAAUGUUCUAAGAACAGAACAUAGAAGAAGCUGACUUAGAUCAGAUCAGGUCAUUUGACCAUCUGGCCCAGUGUUACUGCUUGACUCACAUCUGCUCUCCAGAAGCCUCAGCAGUGAAAGCCUUCUCCCAUCACAGCUGCCUGAUCCAUUUAAAAAUUUGGUCUGGAUUAAGUUUGAUUUUAUUUUCAUGCAAAGUGGGUUCCCCACCUCCGAGCUCUGUUCCCCUCUUAACCUAAAGACAGACACGCCCACCCAUGCUUCCAAACCGGUCCUGAGAACUUUAUUAGGGAAGGCAGAUUAGCAAUGCAGAUUGGACAGUAGCACAGGUAUUUCGAGACAAGUAGGAAAUUUAGCCAGAAGUGGAGCACAAGUAAGAAAGUCCAAUCAGCCACAGAACAUGGGUACACCUCUGCAGUGAUGUAAGCAAACAAAACAUGUUUAUAAAUACUUCUAAGAGCUAUAUUGCACAGCUGUCUGUAGCACAAGAUGAGAAUGAAAUGAGAAUGAUGGUGUAGUUGGACAAAACACUAUAAGCACAGAUGUUAAACUCAUAUCUGUCCUGCCUUUCCACUUACUUGUCAUGAAAUAUUGUUUGCUUGCCUGGGAGUACAAUAGAGAGAACACUCCAUCAAAGUUGUAAGGAAGGGGAAGCAGUUUGCUGAGCGUUGGUGAACAAUAAUGUGGCUGAUUAAAUGAGUAGUCUGUGAAUCUUCUAACAUGAUUUCUAUGGAAAAUAAAACUUUAAAAGCUGUUUUUCAUA